ACAGAGGAACAACAAGGCUGAAGCUUCACGCCUCGUUUUCCCUCCAACAGGAAUUAUUGACCUUCAUCUGGUUUUCCUGGCUCCUUUCAGCCGUUUGACUGAGUUAAAGUUAGUUCAAGUUAGUUCAAGUUAGUUACAGGGUCAGUUUAGCUAACGCAGUGAUAAAAUGGUUGAUUGAGGCUGAACCGACCGCGGGGAAGAGUCUGUACCUCGCUGACUUGGGGCAGGAUGCUGUCCAAGAAGGAGAAGAAGCUGAUUAAGGAGAUCUGGGAGCGUCUGACUCCGGUGGCCGAAGACAUCGGCUCUGAAGCUCUGCUCAGGAUGUUUGCUUCGUAUCCGGGAACCAAGACGUAUUUCUCCCACCUGGACAUCAGCCCUGGCUCCGCCCACCUCUCCUCCCACGGGAAGAAGAUCGUCCUCGCCAUCGCCGAGGGCGCCAAGGACAUCAGCCAGCUGACCGUCACGCUGGCGCCGCUGCAGACGCUGCACGCCUACCAGCUGCGGAUAGAUCCCACCAACUUCAAGGUCAGGCUGGGGUCAGGCUGGGGUCUGUGGUCAGGGUCAGAGGUCAGAGCUGCUCUCUCACUGUAUGCUGGUCACGCUGGCCUGCUACCUGGGGUCAGAGUUCACGCCGGUCGCUCACGCUGCCAUGGACAAGUUCCUGUCAGCCUUCGCAGCCGUUCUCUCAGAGAAAUACAGAUGAGACUCAGCCACCGUUCCAGAUCAUAUGUACAUGUAAAUGAUGUGUUAUUGUUUUAUGGGUUUUGUUAUAAUAAACAACUGCAGCAUAAAUGAGUCAUUUUUGGUUUUAUUGUAUAAACAUUUAUUAAACACGUUUCUUUGUGUCUC